UUGCCCUACUGACUUACAGGAUGAAUACCCUCCAGGCUCUGCUUCUCUUGGCCGCGGGCCUCUCUGUUGCCCACUCGUUGGACUACAAGGCUCUGAACCAGUUCAGAAAGAUGAUCCUGUGCCUGAUGCCCGACAGCUGGCCUACUCUCGACUACACCGACUACGGCUGCUACUGUGGAAAGGGAGGCUCCGGCACACCUGUGGAUGAUCUGGAUAGGUGCUGCCAAGUGCAUGACAAAUGCUACAGCGAUUCCAUGCAGCACUCCGAGUGCUGGCCCAUCUUCGACAACCCUUACACCGAGCUGUACAAUUACAGCUGUGACGAGGAAAACAGGAAGGUCACCUGUGGCAACAAAAACAACGAGUGUGAGAUGUUCAUCUGCGAGUGCGACAGGAAGGCCGCUGAGUGUUUUGCCAGAACGCCUUGGAUCCCUGAGCACGAGCACCUGCCCAGUGACCGCUGUCACUAAACGACCAGACAACUGUAUCAGAAUAGGAAUCCAUGCUUCGGCACAAAAUAUUAAAAGAUUUUUUUAGUUUUCACAAGUGACUGAUGAAUUUGCUAAGGAUCUUAGGUGUAUUAGACCGUGUAAUCAUCCAACACUCCAUCCCUGUACUGAAUAAUUCGACCCCAUGAAGCAAUCCUGAGAAUAAACUGAUUUCGAUUGGC